AUGGAUCGAUUUUUAUUAAACAAUCGUAAACGUACGAGUACAUGUGAAGAAGAAAUUUUACCAUUAACUACUAGUCGCGGUGGAACAGUAAAAAAGCGAAAAUGGCGUAAGUAUGAUGAUAGGUAUUUGGAUUUUGGUUUUACGUCAACAGAAAUUAACGGUGAAGAGAGACCACUAUGUGUAGUAUGUAUGAAAGUUUUGGCACCAGAAUGCAUGUUGCCGAGUAAAUUGAAGCGCCAUUUAGAAGCAAACCACAAGUAUAUGAUUGACAAACCUUGAGAUUAUUUUAUUAGAAAGUUAAAAGAACUAAAACAGGAAAAAAGUACGUUUUUCAAGAAUACAUCAAUACCAACCAAUGCUUUGAUUGCAUCUUAUAAAGUGUCCUACAGAAUUGCGAAAUGUAAAAAGCCCCAUACCAUUGUAGAACAGCUUAUCUUACCGGCUGCUAUAGAUAUGGUAAAUAUUAUGGUUGGUGAAUCUGCAUGGAAAUUACUCUCAAAAGUGCCUUUGUCCAAUAAUACGGUUAGCCGCAAAAUUCACCAUAUGGCGGAGGACCUCAAUGAUCAAUUGAUAGAAAAAAAUCAAAGAAAGGGAAUUUGGGUUGCAGCUGGACGAGGCUACGGAUACUAAUAAGGAUGCUUAUUUGAUAUGCUACGUUAGGUUUAUAGAUGGUGAUGACAUGGUAGAAGACCUACUAUUUUGUAAAAAUAUUACAGCAAGCGCUAAGGCUCAGGACUUAUUUGAUAUUCUUAAUAAUUUUAUGUCAGAAAAUAUGUUGGAUUGGACUAAAUGCGUCGGUGUUUGUACUGAUGGCCCUCGUUCCAUGUCUGGCANGAAGCAAAGCCCCUGAUGCACUGUGGACCCAUUGCAUUAUCCAUAGAGAAGCACUUGCGGCAAAAUAUCUGAGUCCCGCGCUGAACCAAGUAUUAGAAUGUGUAGUGAAUGUAGUCAAUUUUAUAAAAGCCUCCACUGAAAGUAAGAUUUUUCAAAAAAUUAUGUGACGAUAUGGGAGCUGAACACUCAAGUUUGUUGUACUACAGCUGCGCACGAUGGCUUUCUCGUGGUAAUGUUUUAUCACGUACGUAUGAACUACGGCAAGAAAUUUAUAUAUUCCUUUAAGAAGAAGGGCACAAAUAUGCCAAUGAAUUUUCUGACGAAAAUUUUUUAAUAAAAUUGGCAUACUUGUGUGACAUUUUUGAAAAACUGAAUGCAUUGAACACCUAUCACAGCUAGUGAUAUGGUUUGAGAAAUAUUUUAAAAAUGAAGACACUGAUAAAUUUGCAUGGAUUCAAGAUCCAUUUACCUCCAUUGUUCCAUCAGAAUUUAUUUCUACUGAAGAAGAAAGUCUAAUUGAGUUGUCUUGCGACAGUAGUUUGAAAUCAAAAUUUACCAAUAUGGAAUUGACCAAAUUUUGGAUUUCAAUAAAAAAUGAAUAUCUCCUUGUAUGUGAAAAAGCUCUACGUGUUUUGAUUCCGUUUUCUACUUCAUAUUUAUGUGAAGCUGGGUUUUCGGCGGUCGCUGUGAUAAAAAGCAAAUAUCGGUCAAAAAUCAAUGUGGAGAAGGAAAUGAGAUUAGCAGUAUCAAGUUUGAUCCCAAGAUUUGAAAAACUAUGCAGUGAUGUCCAGGCUCAUCCAUCUCACUAA